CGGCAGUUUCAAAAGAACGCGUCAUGGAGCGAUGGGCCAUCUCGUAGCUCUCUCGAGUCUUCGGUUCUGCCACCGACGCCUCUCCUCCUGUCGGCGCCGGCGACGACCGGCGAUCGUCGUCCACGAAUUAGCACGACGCGAUCGCCCCAAUCAGCUGCGACAGACCCUGGUUGGCAGGUAAUCUAUGCCUCAUCUCGCUUCCACCUGACGAACGACUUCGAUCGUUCCUCUUUGUCCUCGCUCUUCUUCAUUCGGUUGAUCGCGCUUUCUUCCCUUGCGGUGCACGGGUUCGCGUUCUGAUCAGCGAGGCAUUCCCGAAUAGGUGGGUAUCCAAGAUUCCCUGAUGAUUCCAUCGAUCACUAGCCCUAGCCCUAGCUUUCUUGAUUUGAUAUCCGGCAAUCCACGAUGAGUGUAGGAACGCAUGGUGGUAUUAUGGCGUGUAAUCAGCAGAACACUGUGAAUUAUUUUCUGCAAUCAGUUCUAGGGUUUGGUUCUUUUUGGAAAUAAUCUUUUUUCUCUAUUGAGGACAGGAGCAUGGAGAUGUUCUCUAUAGGUUUUUGUGUCUUUAACAAAGGCGAAGGUAACUACAUGUCCUGGCGUUAGGCCAUAUGCAGGAACUUCUUGAAGUCGAAUCCUCUUUCUUCAAAUCCUAUUUACCAAUAUCUUUUACUCCCUCUUUGUGGUUCUUAUCUGUCUACUUGCCUUACUUUGUAGGUCAAUCAGGCUAUUCUACAAAGGUGAAUCGACUUGACCAAGGCACGUGCGCGGGAACAUGACUUGCACAGGGAGAUGGGUUGUUACAUACACAAAGCACUUGAAGCAGAAGAGAAAAACCUAUCACGAUGGUGUACUAGAGAUUAGUGAUCCAGGAAACAAGGUUUUGUUGUAUGAUGAUAGCGAAAAGCUCAUAGAUAGUAGAUUCUUGAAGAAAGAUGAAGUAAUUGGAAGUGGUGGAACUCUGACCUUUGAAGCUCAUCUUGUUGACAUUGGAAACCUCGAAGAAAAAGGGCCUUUCAAAAAUCUAAAUUCCAGUAGAAAUGACUCAAAGUUAAGUGAAAAGGCUCAGAAUCUGCAGCAGAAGGAGAAUGAGAAAAGCAUGCAUCACAAUAAACUGGAACAGAAUUAUCUAAGUGGAGCAAACAGCAAAAGCAGAGUGAACAAGAACGAACCUGAUAGCCUGGGGGCAAAAGAGACUCAUGAUGUUACCCACAGUGAUCCAAAUGAGUGGAAUGUUUUGUACACCACUCAAAUAUCUCAAAAGGCAAAAAAGUAUCAUGAUGGAGUAUUGCGACUUUCAUUAUGUGGAUCACAUAUGAAUCAGAUUAUGUUGCUGAGUGAAGAUGGUUCAGUACUGAGUAGCAAGUACCUUAAAUCUGUUGAAUGUAUUCGAACUGGGAGCAAAUGUGAGUUACCCAACCAUCUCGUUGAAAUUUGUGAGCCACGGAUUCGAUGUGAAGAAGGUCUCCAAAAGUUACCAUCAAAGCAACUUAUGAGAUCUAGCAGCUCUAGCAACAAGAAGUCAACAAAGGACAUUUGCAACACCCACUUGGAACAAGCAGUAGGUUCCUGCAGCUCCAAUUCUGUCAAGUCCAUGGAUUCUAGCCUGGCACAAAGUAACAAGCCAUUACGUGAUGCCUGCCAAAUUCUUCGCACUCUUAAGAAGCCAUUUCCUAUUGAGAAAAAUGAUCCAAGAAACUCUCCGGUAGCACAUGUCAAUGCAUCACCAUCUCUUGAUUUUGUUUUGCCGGAUGCACAAUGCCAGAGCAAGGAUCUAAAUUUGCAAGGGGGUGGCAAUCACAAAGGUGACUUUAGUGAAUGUGCUUCUCAAACUUCCUUGCCAGGAACUCCUGACAUAAAAUCGACUUCAUCUCAGCAAGUAAUACAUACAGAACCCAAGUUUGAAGUGGAUUCUCUGGCUAUAACAGCCUCUGUGGAAGGACACAAUACAUCAGAUCAUAGCUCUUUGUCUGAAAGCAGUCAGGGAAUGUCGGCAGACAAAUGCUGUUCUAAUGUUCAAGACUCGAGAGAGCUUGCUGGUUUCAUGAAUGGAAAUCUGCCUGUCAGAGAGCCUUGUCGGUCUGAUGGAAAAGAAGAUACUGCUGACCCUUUCGCUAAUUUUCUGAAGGAAAAUAACACUUCUGAUAGCAGUAUUUCUGGAAGGAGCUGCAAUGGCACUUUAAAUGCCAAUGAAGGGAAAGAUGAAGUCACUCACCCGAUAUCAUCAAAGGACAAUGAACAUGAAGGGAAGUGCAGGAUGGUUGAAAUUUCGGAUGCAUCUGCUGCUACCCACAUGAUACAUGAGAAUUUUGACUGCCAGAACUCAUUAAACGAGAGCCUUAUCGAAGAUGAUGUCCCAACAUUUGAUUUGGGCUUCUAUUAACAGAAAGAAUCUGAUUCCAUGGUUUUUGCUUUGUCGCAAUGCUUGGAAUUUUUACUUGUCCACAGCAGCAGACAAGCAUGGGUUCAAACUCAAACUUUGCUGAGAAGGCUGUCAAAAUGUUGGCUGUGGAUUUCGUUUUAUUGUUAUUUCUUAUAAUAAUCGUUGGUUUCUUUA